UCCAGCAGCCGGCCAGCACCCGAGCUCGACGCUGUGGCGGAGCUCAGGCAGACUCAGAGCUGACAAGAGGAGGUUUUCAAACCUUGCUCUGGAAACAACAGUAGCUGAGAUGAAAGUCUUUUAACUCCGAGCUUCUCUAUCCACACACCUCAGAGACCAGGGAGCUUCAGCCGAGACACGGAGCGAGAGCAACACUCCACGCAACUCUACAACUCCACAACUCUUCGCGUCUGCGGGAAUUUCUGUCGCAGCUCAACGCAGCAACCGGCCACGAUGUACCGCUCAACCAAAGGAGCAUCCAAGGCUCGGCGGGACCAGAUCAACAGCGAGAUCCGGUACCUGAAGGACUUGUUGCCCAUCUCCGAGGCAGAUAAAGCGCGGCUCUCGUACCUGCACAUCAUGUCGCUGGCCUGCAUGUACACGAGGAAAUCCGUCUUCUUCACUCAAGAAGCGGGAGCUGCUGCUAGUCCUGAGGAGAGCAUGCAGUAUCUGUUGUUCAACGAGCUGUCGGAGUUGAUGCAGGCGCUGCCAGGUUUUCUGAUGCUGCUGACUGGAGAAGGGAAGCUCCUGUACAUGUCAGACAGUGUCUCCGAGCACCUCGGACACUCCAUGGUGGAUCUCGUGGCACAGGGAGACAGCGUGUAUGAUAUCAUUGACACCUCAGAUCAUCUUAUCAUGAGGACUAACCUGUCAACGUCUACCUCACUCGAGAUAGACCGUCUCUUCCGCUGUCAUUUCAACACCUCUAAGUCUGUGCGGAGGCAGAGUGCUGGGAACAAGCUGGUUCUGAUCCGAGCUCACUGCCUGCCACCCCCCACCACCUCUCCUGCUGCCGGGUCCUACUGGACAUCCAACCCUGUGUGGGUGUGUUUCUGCUCCCCUCUGGAGCCCCACCCAUCCCGCUCUGGCCCCGGGACAGAGAGGGACAUGACUUCCAGCCCUUCUCAGGUCGACUCCAACUUGUUUCUGUCCUGCUUCUACUCCCAACAUAGCCGGGACAUGAGGCUGGAGACAGCACAGGAAAGUGUAAGCACCUAUCUUGGCUUUGAUGUGACAGCUUUACGCGCUCGGUCCUGGUACAGCCUCCUCCACCCACAGGAUCUGUCACAUGCCUCCGCUCAGCACCGCAGCCUAUUGAGAGAAGGAGGAGAGGGCAGAGCUGAGAUGGUGAUUCGUGUGCAAGCUCAGGACCAGUCGUGGGUUUGGCUUUACAUGGUUCUACAGCUGCAGCCUGGAGAAAUUCCUAUUGGCAGCAACAACUACAUCAUCAGUGAGUCUGAGGCCUGGUCAGUGCGUCAGCAGCUCAGCUCAGAGCAGACCCAGCUGACCCUGGUUCUGACCACUGGUACCUCUCAGCAAGAGGGACUGAGCCUACAGUCCCCAGAAACCCUGUCCAGCCCAGACCAGGUCUUCACCCCAGGCAGCAGCGGUCUGUCGGCCCAGUCCUUUGACUUCAGCACCACUGGCUGCAGCGUCGGCUCCUCUGACGAACCCGGGAGCUCCGCCGCUGAAGCCAUGCAGGUGGAAGGCGACCCCCGCUCCAGUAUCUCCUCUAUGGAGGAAGACAGCUUCUUUCAGCAGCAUCCCACUGAAAACCCCUCAGCUGCUUCCUCCCCCACCCCAGUCACCGUUGAAACAGUGGCAGACUUAGACUUUUUAACCCAGAACAUUCUCCUGCCACCGUCCUUCCAGCUCGACCCUCCACUGCCAGUUCUGCCCCUGCCCCUCCCACCUGUCCCCACCCAACAAGCUCCCCAGACCAAAGAGUUUGUGUGCACCCCACCCUACACCCCCCUUAUUAGUGGGGCUAACUUCCCAUUCAAUGAACCCCUCUUCAGCUUCGACCCCAGCGGCACUACCACAGCUCCCUCCUCUGAUACAACAGCCUCUGCCACCACUUCCUUGGCCCCUUCAGGUUCUUCCACCACCCAACCAACUACCGCCUCCAGCCCUGCUCCCCCCACAACCCUCUCUUCCAAGCUUUCCCUCACUCUACCAUCCCUCACCACUGAUCUCCUCUUCCCCGUCGAGCCCUACAGCGGCUCCCUCUAUGAGAAACUGCCCCCCACACCCGACAGCCCCGGAGAUGACGACUGCACAGUGAUGACCCUGCCCGAGGUCCGGGGUCCACUGUAUGUAGAUGUACCAAUGGGGCCCCUCCAGUGCCCCCCUGAGGGCCUUCUCACACCAGAGGCAUCACCUGGCAAACAGCCUUGCCUCUCCUUCUUCUCCCUGGAGAGAGAGAGGGAGAAGGAGAGGGCAGAGAUCUCUCUCUUAGCUCAGCAUAUCAGCUCAUUGGCAGAGGGAUUCUACCUGGAUCCACUAUUGUCCAAACUCUCACCCUCAUCCUCCCCUCCCUCCCCCUUCCUGUCCCCCAACAUAGAAACCCCUGAUGUUGAAUCAGUCCACAUGCAGAGGGAGAUUUAUCCCAUCAAAGCGUGGAGAGGUCUGGACAUUCCCCUCUUCCUCGAUGAAGAUGACUCUCUGUUUGAAGAGAGCAUCCUACAAACCCUGCUCCAAGACGACUUCGCUCCUCCUCAGACACACGUCCCCUCCUUCCCCUCCCCAUGCACCUCUCCUAUGCUCAACCCCUCCAGCCCAGGUUCUCCUCAAAUCCCAGUGUGCUGGCACCAACCCUCCCAGUUUGAGGGAGUGGGCCACUUCUGUAGCGUCCAAUCGGCGCAAAGUAACUCCAUGGAUGUGGGCGGGGUGACAGAGGGUUCUGGGACUGGGAUGAUGGCGGAAGGGGAGGAGCUUGCGGAGGAAGCAAUGGAGAUCGAGGUGGUGUCAUCUCCUGUGUCCUGUUGCUCCUCCAUCCCAGCUUCCCCUCCCCUCAUUCUCACCGCCCCUUCCAGCCCCUCCACCUCAAUGCCCAUCGGCUCGCCAACGCCCGCCGUGUCUUGCACUCAGUCCCUCCUGGAGGAACUGGCCGUCCUGGAACCCAUGUUUGGGGCAGGUGCCUCGAUCGCCCCUGGCUUAGGGCAACAACCUGAGUUGUAUCAACUCCAAUGUCAUCCAUCGCCACAGUGCUUCCACAAAGAUGGGAGUGGAAGUGUUCCUCCGUUCUAAAAUAAGUCUGUGACUUACUUCAUUAAGUAUGGCAUAUUGUCAUAUUUUGUGGAGCCCCUUUUACUGAAAAGUAAAAAAUUAUUAAGUGUAUAAAUAUACAUAAUGUAUAUAAAACUUAAGGACUUUAACUCCUACAUGUCUCCUAAGAACAAAGAUUGGCUCUAUAUUUUUGUUCGGUCAUAGUCUGUAUACUACUACAAAACCGGUGCAACAUUUACAUGGUGGUGUAACCACAUGGACCCAUAACUGACUGGGUUCUGAGUCCAUGCGGUGUCUCUCAGUUUCUCUGUGACGCGAGUUCCAGAUGUAACCUGACAGAGAAACCUCUCUGAACUUGUAAGCACUGUUUAACUUCCAGAUGCGCAUUUGUAUUCACUCGUAGUGAAAACUCUGUUGUGAAAAAAAAAAAAAAAAACAUUUCUUGCUAAGUUUCAAUAGGGAGAUGAAUUAUAGCACUUUUGCCUGACAUGCAGCAACGCAAACCCAAACCUCAAAUGUAUCAGAAGUCAAAUGUUUACAAAUUGUUUACAUCCUUAGGAUGACGCCUAUCAGUACAUCAGAAGAAGACAGAUUUCUUCUGUCCCGUCUUUAGAGCUGGUGCAGCUCUGGUUUGACCGCACUCCUCACAGCCUUAAAGGCUCCAUCAAAACUUUAAUAUUCAACUGAAACUGAGAUACUUUGAGCUUUGGGGCUGUGCUUGAAACCUUUAACAUUUCAUAUUUAUCUCUCCAUCUAAACUCUUGUGUAUCGAUGUGAUGUGCAAACUAAAAAAGAAAACAUGUGAAGAGAUCUGGCAUGUGAAGAUAUCAAGAAUGUUAACGGUGUCCAUUGGUUUUCGAGAUGUUACACCGAGCAAGAGAUUUUCUGGAGGUUUUGCUGGAGAUCCAAUCAUGCCACAAAUCCACUGCUAUGUUGUACUGUACAUUAGACUCUGAAUGUGCGCUCUUCAGGUCCCUCUUGGCCUGAGGGCAGUCGGCUGGAUAUUCUUGCAGCAUCAAUAUUUGCAAUGCUGGCGGCUUAUAGCGGCUCCUGUGUGCCUGAAACGGCUCUGACCUGCUGAACUCUUUAUCAUGUCCACUCCACGUGGACAGUGGCAUCGUUGCUCCACUGGAGCGCGGUGUGGUGAGGCACAAUUGACUAUGUGAAUGAGCGAUUCUUCUUUUUUGAGAGGGGUUAGAAUACUAAAGUUUUGUUUUAAAAAAUGAAAAUAGGGAUUGGGUGCUAUUUCUAUUCAGUUACAAAGCGACACGGGUUGAGAAUGGUACUAUUCCCAUGGUGUCGACAUGCUCACGUAGAGUUGUCUACGGUCAAGUAAAGGAUUGAUUCCUACGUUCUAGCUAUUAAAGGCUAAGUUAAUAUAAAUGUGUAAAAUUAUAUUAUUGUACGAGUGAUAUUUGAAAACGAUGUUAAUGCAUAUGCUUUAUGUCUGAGGAUGUAGGCAUAUGUUCUUUUCAGAAAGGUUGUACACAUUUGUACAUUUGUAUGAAACUGUUAUUGGUCUGUAAAUAUAUAUGAGAAAGAGAUUUUUAUUGCCUAAGAUGGAGUAUAUUCUAAACAUCUUAUUUACUGCAGAAUGGACAUUGUGGACCAGUGUUCUAUUGUGAUGCUUAUGAGUGUAUUUGGUUGUCAUACAAAUGCAUUUAUAAUAAAGUGCACUUAAUGAGA